GAAGGUUCCAGUAACGUUCCUCUUCGAGAUGGAGCCCGACACCUUCAUCAUUAAGUCCGCCGAGUGUCACAUCAGGGUCAAGAUGCUCCUUUCGAAUCUCCCAAGGCCUAUGCGAACAUCAAGCGCGUAUCGGCGAGCGUCCAACCAACCCUACCCGCGGAAGAUUCAACACCACGAGCACCCGAGGGACUACAACGCCCUCCUCAAGGCAGAGUUCUCCUUCAGGCAGCCGCUCUAUCAGGCGGUGAGCGCGGCGUGGGGAGGCGCGGGGAACCUCGUGCUGUCCCCCGUGGUGCUGCUGCUGAGCUUGGGGGGCGUGUACGUCAACUCCAGCGGCGAGACGGAGGACGAGCUGGCCAGGGCGUUGCGCUGGACCCGCGGCAAGGAGGCGUUCAGGAGGGGCGCGGAGGACCUACUCGCGGCCCUAGUGAUCCCACGCUGUCAUAUAGGCUACAAGAUGUCUCUGACGAGUCUAAUCUUCAAGAGGGAGGGGGAGGGGGAGAGGGAGAGGGAGGGGGAGGAUGACAACCCCUACGCCCGGAUAGCAGACCUCUUCCAGGCCACCCCCGCCCCCGCCCCCCUCGCCUGCCCCUCCCUCGCACGCCGCCACAUGAACGACGCAGUGGACAGAGGCACCAAGGGAAGGAUGAGUGACCUGGUGCCUGAAGGAUGGGUGGCGGAGGAGGCGCGUCUGGUGGCGGUGAGCGGCCUGUACCUGCGGGGGUUUAGCAUGCCUGGGUUCUGGCGCUACGCUACUGUCUUCCGGGAGUUCUGGACGGGCGUGGACACCUGCCGGAGGGUACCUAUGCUCCACACGAGGGGGGACUUCCUCACCUAUCGCCACCCUGAGCUGCGGGCCGGCUUUCUCGUGUUGGUGUAUCCGGAGGGAAUGUAUAUGUUGCUGAUCGUGCCGGAGGAGGCUAACGGAUUGGCGUCACUGGAGGCAGCCCUCACGCCCCAGCUGGUCCGCCGUGCCAUCAUGAAAAUCGAGCCGCGGCACACGCUGGUGGCGGUGCCCAAGAUGCUGCUGGACCAGACCCGCGACUAUACGGAGGUCAUGGAACACCUCGGCGUGCGCACCCUCUGUGACCCGGCCCUCUGCCAACUGACCGGAGGAAGGGAAGGGACACGGCUGGACCACCUCAUUCACCGUGCCAUCAUGCCCCUCGACGAAAAGAGCUCCAAGCACGAGACACAGGACGUGCAGGAGGUGAUGAAGGAGCCCGACGCCCACUUCCUGGCCGACCGCCCCUUCCACUGGCAGGUGAUCCACUACCACACCUCCACGCUGCUGCUCCAGGGCCGCGUCACCGACCCCGCCGCCGCCACGCAGAGGCAACAGUUUCGAGGACAUGCAGCAAACAGUCAGGAGGGACGAGAGUGAAGUCUUGAGUCCGGGGAACGAAAACUCAUAGAAAACAGACCAGAAAGCCAAAGAAAAUGAUGACAAGAGAAGUUAUUUCAGGAGAGACUCUUAUACUCUACAAAACUCUUCGUAAAUAAUUUAUAUACGUGGUCUAUGAUUCAAAAAGAGCUACAUUAUUAAGGGAACGUCAUCUCAUGGAACACGGGCCAGUCAGGCACGAGAUAAAAUAACAAGUCAAGCAAGUGGAUCAGAGGUGACGUGCUCUGCCGAUCUCUUAGAAAAAACAUAUGCAUUGUACGAUUAACAUUCAACAAGGCAAGACAAGCUCCGGAUGUAACUACAGUGGUAAUUAUAGCUAAUCAAAGAGGAGAACUAAUUAACCAUAAAACAGGUGAACACAGGAGUAACGUCACAGGCUCGCAGCAAAAUCGAUAGUUGAGUAAAUAAUCUUAUAAGCAGAGUUACAUUCAAGACAGCGUGAUCAGUAACACCAAAUGUAUCUAUGUUGAUGACAAGUAGAAAUUCUGACCACCAGAAGGAUAAAUAAAUAACGAAAAAAUAAAUCAACAGAAGAGUUUAAUGAUACUUAGUGAGCGAUAUACGUAGAGUUAUAUUCCCCAUAGCACGAUCGCUUAACACCAGAAGGAUUACUAUUGAUAACCAGCAGUAACUAUGGAAACCAGAAGGACCAGUAAGAAGAAAUUAGAAGCACAAGAAUUGGUAUCACGGAAAGAAUGAAACUAUAUAUACGAUUUAAGCGGUCACACGACAUAACAAGACCAGUAUCACCAUAGGAAAUAACUAUACGAAUCCGGAUAACAAUAACAACAAUAAUAACAGAAACAACAACGAGAAAAUAGAUGAAUUAGAGUUUAAAGUUGCAACAAAAAUGGGAGCAGUGUUGCCAUGACGAGGCUAUAGGAAAGGGAGGGUUUCGAUCUAGGGGCAAAAUUAGGCUUGGUAGCACUGAGCCUCGUUGAAGCGACGCAGAUGACUUGUGAGAGGUAAAAUUUUGUUCUUAUGUACACGAGUGGACGAGAUAAUACACAAUUCAAAGAGAGAAAGAAAAAAAAAAGAGAAAAAAAAGGAAAAAAACAGCAAUAAUUGAUAAUGUAAAAAAACAACCAUCCACAGUUCUUCAGGAGUGUGUAGAGUGUGUUAAUUAGAUCCUUUCACACGGACACAAAGAGGAGCUUGUCAAAACAUCCUCGCUAACACUGACGCCUGAGGAAAUAAUUGAUUGAGGAAAUACUUGUUCGUUGAAAUACUUGUUUGAGGAAAUACUUGCUUGAGGAAAUACUUGUUUGAGGAAAUACUUGCUUGAGGAAAUACUUGCUUGAGGAAAUACUUGUUUGAGGAAAUACUUGCUUGAGGAAAUACUUACUUGAGGAAAUACUUAUUUGAGGAAAUACUUGCUUGAGGAAAUACUUGUUUGAGGAAAUACUUGUUUGAGGAAAUACUUGUUUGAGGAAAUACUUGUUUGAGGAAAUACUUGUUUGAGGAAAUACUUGUUUGAGGAAAUACUUGUUUGAGGAAAUACUUGCUCGUUGAAAUGCUUACUCGUUGAAAUACUUGUUUGAGGAAAUACCUGUUUGAGGAAAUAAUUGCUUGAGGAAAUACGUGUUUGAGGAAAUACUUGUUUGAGGACAUACUUGCUUGAGGAAAUACUUGUUUGAGGAAAUACUUGUUUGAGGAAAUACUUGUUUGAGGAAAUACUUGUUUGAGGAAAUACUUACUUGAGGAAAUACUUGUUUGAGGAAAUACUUGUUUGAGGAAAUACUUGUUUGAGGAAAUACUUGUUUGAGGAAAUACUUGUUUGAGGAAAUACUUGUUUGAGGAAAUACUUGUUUGAGGAAAUACUUGCUUGAGGAAAUACUUGUUUGAGGAAAUACUUGUUUGAGGAAAUACUUGUUUGAGGAAAUACUUGUUUGAGGAAAUACUUGUUUGAGGAAAUACUUGUUUGAGGAAAUACUUGUUUGAGGAAAUACUUGUUUGAGGAAAUACUUGUUUGAGGAAAUACUUGUUUGAGGAAAUACUCGUUUGAGGAAAUACUUGUUUGAGGGAAUAUUGAAGCACUGACCGAGAUAAAAUACAAUGCGUCUUCAUCGUUUAUUAUUGUUGUUACUCUUAUUUAAUCUUCCACUCAUUUUUCUCUUUGUCUUCUCUCCUUUCAUCCCCUCGUGGUUUUUUUUCUUUUACAUUUUCAUAUAUUAGUUUUCCUUGCACUUUUCUUUCUUUCUUAUUUCUCUCGUCCAUUAUUUUUUUUUAAUUUUCAUAUAACACUGUUUCCCACGCACUCUUUUUCUCCUUUCUUCUCUCAUCCACUUUUAUACAUUUCCAUAUAUUAUUAUUUUCAAAGCACUUUCU